CACUUCCCUUUAUGGCCUCAUUUCUAUACAUGUAGUAUGAUCACUUCAUUGAAGAUGAUCCCUUUGGUGGGACGAUGGCAAUGAUGUAGGGACGACGUUUUGUUCCUCUCCUCCUGUCCUAAUCGAUCAGAGUAUCCCAGCUCCUCAUAUACUAACCACUUUCUAGAGGGAUAUGGACCGUAUACAUAUAUAUUGAGAGCCCACUUUGAAGGAUAGGAUGGUGAUUUAAGGGCCACCUGCAUGUUGGGGGUUAUUUAUAUCAAAAACUGAGAGGCUUUUUUUUCAUCCUGCUAAGCUCAAGUCUCAAUUAAUUUUUAGCUUUCAAAUUGCAUGGAGCCGGAUUUCAAGCCAACAAUCUCUGAAGCGCAUCCAGAGACCAUGGAUUUUCUAUCGCCUGCUUGGUGCAAUUUUGCAGUUCAAGCUAUCCAACCAGAGCUACAAGACCAAUCACUGGUUAUCCUGGACAACCCAAUUAAGAAAUUUGGAUAUGAUACCAAACCUCCUUUCCCUAAGAUGGACCAGAGUGUUAAGGUGGAUGAUGCAGGUAUCAAGUCUCCACCCGCAUGGAAACCCAAUGACGUGAAGUCGUGGAUAUGGAUGCAGCAGGCAAUGCAUCCAGAAUUGAACUACAACAGCUAUUUCCGAAAGAAAUGGCUUUCAUGGAAAAUAAUGCCAUUUGGGAGCAAUGUUUCAAUCAAAAAAUGGUUCAAAGACAUAAAGCUAAAGAGAAAAGAAGAGGGCAGGCUGCAAAGAGCUGAAGUGCACGCAGCAAUAUCAGUAGCGGGCGUUGCAGCAGCACUAGCAGCCAUUGCAGCAGAAAGCUCAAAACAAGAUCAAUCCAACGCCACCAAGGAAUCUGCAGUGGCAUCUGCAGCUGCUUUGGUGGCAGCCCAGUGCGCACAAGUGGCAGAAGCCAUGGGGGCGAAGCGGGAGCACCUCAGCACUGUGAUGAGUUCAGCAAUGAGUGGUACAAGUGCAAGUGACAUCUUAACACUCACAGCUGCUGCUGCAACAUCAUUGAAAGGAGCAGCAACCCUUAAAGCAAGAGCAGGGUACAAGAACAGAUUGAAUGGAAGCGCACCAGUGUUGCCUAUAGAGGAAAGCAACGAACUGGACUCUGAUUUGGAAAAGCAUAGAACGAUGCUUGCCAAGGGCGCUCAACUCACCAUCCAUACAUCAGACGGGAGGUGCUUGCUGAGGUCAGUGUCCAUCAUCCUAAACAGCCAAGCCAAGGUUAUUCUCAAGAUAAGGAAGCUGAAUCUGAUGAACACUUUUUCAAGCAAGAAGGAAAGCAUUAUACAGGACCUACAUGCGGAGCUUUACGAUGACUCUGAAGCUGACGAAACGAACACAUGUUAUCUAAUCGUGUUAACGACAAAUCAUGGGACAAUUAAGCUAGACAUGGGGGAUGAUUAUCAUCUAUACAAGAUAUGGGCCACGACAGUCAAUCAUAUGCUGACCCUCUCUACUUCUUUCACAAGAUAUGAACUUCAAUUUUAUAAAACCUGAAACAAAGGUUAAUCUUCAUUCAUCAUGUGUUGCCGUCAUCUUAAUUUCCUAUAUUUGUACUUUAAUUGUGUAACUAUAUGCUUAAUUAUAUCCACCCACUCUCAUGCAACAUAUGAAUCAUUUGUGGGUAGAGGUUUGUACCUUGUAUUGUAUUAUUAUCAUAUGGAAACAAGAACUUCACA